AUGGUGAUCAAAUACUAUCAGCAUGCCCUGGCCUUGGCUUUUGCUGUGAAAGAGAUAAAUGAGAAUCCUAAGAUCUUAUCCAAUGUCACCCUUGGUUUCCACAUCUAUGACAGCUACUACGAUGCAAGAUUGACCUAUCGUACCACUCUGGACCUGAUCUUCAAAUCACAUAGAUUUGUUCCCAACUACAAAUGUGACACCCAGAAAAACCUGAUAGCUGUCAUUGGGGGACUUACCUCUGACAUCUCUUUCCAUAUGAGGAAUAUCCUAGGCCUCUACAAAAUUCCACAGCUCCACCAGUUUCUUCAAGGCAUUUCCUUUAAUAACACAGCUGGAGAAACAAUAUCUUUGGAUGAUAAAUGGGAAAUAGGUGGUGGAUUUGACAUAACUAACAUGGUCACAUUCCCAAAUGAUUCCUUCCAGAGAGUGAAAGUUGGAAGUCUCCAUCCCAAAGUUCUUGAAGGAAAAGAAUUCACCAUUAAUGAGGAUAUAAUUGUGUGGCACAGAAGUUUUAACCAGGUGCCUCCCAUUUCUGUGUGUAAUGAAUACUGCCAGCCUGGUCAUCAGAAGAAAAGCAAGGAAGGGGAAAAGUUCUGCUGCUAUGAUUGUGUUCCAUGCCCAGAAGGGAAGAUUUCAAAUCAGACAGAUAUGGAUGACUGUUUGGAAUGCCCAGAAGAUGCGUAUCCAAGCAAGGGAAAAAACAGAUGCAUUCUCAAAACUGCAAACUUUCUGUCUCGUGAAGAACCUUUGGGAACCACUUUAGCCUCAGUUGCUGUUUUGUUUUCCCUGAUCACAGCCUUCGUGCUAGGGAUUUUUAUUAAGGAUAGAGAUACCCCCAUUGUGAAAGCCAACAACCGGGCCCUCACCUACAUUCUCCUUGUUUCCCUCUUGCUCUGCUUCCUCUCCUCUUUGCUAUUCCUCGGUCAACCCGGGAAAGCGACCUGCCUUCUCCGACAACCCACGUUUGGCAUCAUCUUCUCCAUGGCCGUUUCUUGUGUUCUGGCCAAAACCACUAUUGUUUCUCUAGCAUUCAUGGCCACUAAACCUGGAUCGAGUAUGAAGAAAUGGGUGGGGAAAAAAGUUUCCCAUUCUAUUGUACUCUGCUGCUCGCUUGUUCAAUUAUGCUUUUGUACUGUGUGGCUCUCAACCUCUCCCCCAUUCCCCGAUCUGGAUAUGCACUCGGUGAAUGAAGAAAUCAUUCUUCAAUGUAAUGAAGGGUCAAUUACUAUGUUUUACUUUGUCUUGGGUUACAUGGGUAUCCUGGCCAUCACCAGCUUCAUUAUAGCUUUCCUAGCCAGGAAAUUGCCUGACAGUUUUAAUGAAGCCAAGUUCAUUACGUUCAGCAUGCUGCUCUUCUGCAGUGUUUGGCUAACUUUUAUUCCAACUUACUUGAGCACAAGAGGAAAGUACAUGGUGGCUGUGGAGAUCUUCUCCAUCUUGGCCUCCAGUGCUGGGUUACUGGGUUGCAUUUUUUCCCCUAAAUGCUACAUCAUUGUGCUGAGGCCUGAUCUGAACAGCAGGGACCAACUAAUAAGGAGAAAGCUUUAA